GCCAUGCCACCGUCCUGUUCAGGUCUCCUGGCUCCUGCAAGAUGAUACCUACACAAGUAUUCCCAUGUUUCGUCAUGGCCGUGUUGCUGUGCUCUGCAGCUAUACCUUGCUCCAUGGCGGCAUCGUGCCCCUGUGAAGAGAAUAAGCUGGACGGUAUCAUGUCCUACAGCUUCCCUUCCUUCCCCCGUGAUUCUCCAAGGAACUUGGAGAUUCUCGGGGACGCAGGUGUAAAAAUCGGAGCCCUCAUGCUCACUCCCGACAGUGAUGGGAUGAAGGGCAGAGCUGGCUCUGUCCUCCUCCGAUCACCCAUCACGCUCUGGGCUGUCGACUCCAACGAGGUGAAGCACGACGCAUCCUUCAACACCUCCUUCACCAUGAACCUCAACAGAUGGGACAACGUACAAGGCGACGGCCUUGCGUUCGCCAUCGUCCCGUCCCUCCACGGUCCUCCGCCGGGCAGCCAGGGUGGUUUCCUUGGUCUCACCAAUACCAUCUCAAACUCGGCCACUGCCUCGGGCAGCUUCGUCGCCGUCGAGUUUGACACCUCGAUGAACGACUACGAUCCCGAUGACAACCACAUCGGCCUCAACAUCGGCAGCAUUGUCUCCGACUACGUUGUCUCCCUCUCCGACAUUACCCUCGCGCCGCUUCACAUGACGGUAAAUUACACCGUGUGGAUCGAUUACAACGGAGCCGGACACCACAUAUGGGUGUACAUGGCCGUCGAUGGUCUGCCCAAGCCUGCCAAGGCCUACCUUGACGUGCCUCUCACCCUGAGCAACCACACCCCCCACCAAGUGUUCAUUGGUUUCACUGCGUCGACCGGGGAAGGCAUCGAGCUCCACCGGAUCCUGAGGUGGAACCUGACAGUCGGAAAGCUUCCCGACUACGGAGCCCUUCGAAAACGGAAGGUGAUACUGUCCGCGGUUCUUGGGUCAGCGGCCGCCACCGUCGUCAUAAUAUCUGUCGCGGUCUUCUACUUCUACUUGAGGUAUAAAGCCCUGAAGAUGGAGUUGAAGCUGUCGGAGGCCCUUCGGCGGCUUCCGGGCACGCCCAAGGAGUUCAAGUACGCCAUGAUCAGGAAGGCCACGAACAACUACGACGAGGCAAGGAAGCUAGGCAAAGGCGGGUUUGGCGCAGUUUACAGGGGAACGCUCCGGCUCCAGUCAGACAAGACAUGCCAAGUGGUGGAGGUGGCGGUGAAGAAGUUCACGCGCAACCGAGACCGCUGCUACGACGACUUCCUCGUAGAGGUCGACGUGAUCAACCGGCUGCGCCACCGAAAUGUCGUGCCGCUCGUUGGUUGGAGUUACGAGAAAGGGGAGCUCCUUCUUAUCUAUGAGUAUAUGCCCAAUGGUAGCGUGGACCAAUACCUCUUUGAGGAAAACCCUCGUCUCCAGCGGCGCAUCCUAGGAUGGAAAACCCGCUAUGACAUCAUCAUUGAUGUAGCCGCAGGGCUCCACUACGUGCAUCAUGAGCACGAUCACAUGGUGCUCCACCGCGACAUAAAAGCAAGCAACAUCAUGCUUGACUCUUCCUUUCGUGGUCGCCUAGGUGACUUCGGCCUUGCCCGCAUCGUCACCUUGAACAAGAACUCCUACACGGAUGUGGGUGUGGCUGGCACCUGGGGCUUCAUUGCGCCAGAGUACUCAAUCUGUCACAAGGCCACUCGCAAGACUGACGUGUAUGCCUUUGGGGUGCUAGUCCUUGAGAUUGUCACCGGAGAACGAGCACUUGCCGGCAACCAUGACCAUGAGACGCUUCAACCGCUUACUGAGUGGGUUUGGUGGGUUCAUAGGGAGAGAAGGUUGCUCGAAGCGGUCGAUGACAAAGUGACUUCCAUGCAAGAGUUCAAUCCGGAUGAUGCCACUCGCUUGUUGCUUCUUGGACUGGCAUGUAGUAGCCCGAACUCGUCUGACCGACCGAGCAUGGCCGAGGUAGUGCAAGUCCUAGCCAAAUCAGUGCCGCCACCAGAAGUACCGCUUGUGAAACCGACAUUCGUUUGGCCACCUGAAGGCGGGAUCCCCGUGGAAUUUGAUGACAUGAUGGCAACGAGCAGCCUCGACUGGAAGGACAUGUCUAGUAGUGAAGCCGUAGGGCCGAGCGUACCAUCAGAGGUGAAUAGGCGCAAGGCUCGGGUUGGGCAUUCCAAUACAUCUGGAUCAAUUGAGGAGUAUUAUAUGUAG